CUCUUUAUUUGAUAGGUGCCACGUUGCGUCUCAUUUACCAUGUCAUCCGCCGUCUAAGCUAUUAGGGUUUAAGAUCCGAUACUAAAAGACAAUUUUAAUCGGGAGGGUUUUAGCGCUGCUAUUCGCACCCUCGCUCUCCGGCAAUGGCGUUUUGGGGAACUGAAUUGGAACCUGGAAAACCAUACGUUCACUACUUCGAUGCGGACGAGGGAAGACUGCACUUAUCUCAGGCUACACUAGGAUCAGGUGAAUCAGAAGGAAAGACCAUAGUGCAAUGUAAGGUUGGAGAUAAGAAGCCGAUCUAUCUAUGCUCUUUGGUACCUGGGAAGGUGGAUAAUUAUCCAUUGAAUAUAGAGUUUGAGGGAGAUGAGGAGGUAGCGUUCUCUGUCAUUGGACAACAGACUGUCCAUCUCUCUGGUUUCUUCUUAGGUGGGACUGAAGACGGAGGUGACUCGGAUCCGUACGAAGGGGAAGCUAUCGAGAUGGAUAGUGAAUCGGACGAUUCUCUUGGAUCUGAUUUGGAAGAUGAAGACGAGGAUGACUUUUCAGAUGAUGAUGAUGAUAGUAUGGACGUGUAUCAAUCUUCUCCGGUCCCCAAUAGUGGAGUUAAAAUUGAGGAGAUAUUGGAUGAUGAGAAGCCUACCAAAGACGAGUUUGCAUCUAAACAGUCAAAGAAGAAGAAAAUUCAGAAAGAUGAGCCUAAGAACAGUGAAAACUCCGGAAAACAGCUGAUUGUCAGGGGUACUUCUGGUGUUCCUGUAUUGGAAAGUGAAGAUGAAGAUGGUUUUCCAGUUUCUUCUCCCAGUAAGAGGAAAGCUCAAGACUUGACUUCCAGAUCAUCAGAUUCAGCUAGAGAUGAACAUCCUGAGAAGGGCCAGAAAAAGAAGGGCAAGGAUGAUUCUGGUUUAAGCUUAAAACGAAAGAUCGAUGUUGUCGAUCAAGAUGGUGAUGUAGCAAGGGAAAGUGACCGUGGAGCUGAUACUACUGGUACUGAUCCUGGAAAUGACUCUAAGCAAAAGAAAAAGAACAAGAAGAAAAAAACAGCCAACCAGGAUAAUCAGGAUAAUCUCAACGGGAGUGCUUCGAAGGAGGCAGCUGAGUCCCAAAAUGGAGUGAAGUUGCCAGAGACAAAAAAGGACAAGGAAAACACGAAUAAGAAGAAUAGUAAUGAGAAAGUGGUGCCUUCAGAUGCCAAGAAACCUGUUAACGAUAAGAGUCUGACCCCUUCAGAGCCAGGGAAGAAAGCUAAAACCAAGCAAUUACAAGUGAGGUCCUUCGGAAAUGGGUUUGUCAUAGAGGAGCUCUCCAUGGGCGAUCCAUCCGGGAAAAAGGCUUCUGCAGGGAAAAAGAUUGAGGUAUAUUAUAUCGGAAAGCUGAAGAAGUCUGGCAAAGUUUUCGACUCCAACAUCGGCAGAGCACCAUUUAAAUUCCGUUUAGGCAUCGGACAAGUCAUAAAGGGAUGGGAUGUUGGUAUUGAUGGAAUGCGCGUUGGGGACAAAAGAAGACUGACAAUUCCACCAUCCAUGGGGUAGGCUUCAUCAAGUUUUUGUUUUUCUUGCUUAUCUAUUUAUUGCCUUUUAUUCCUUGCCGUUCCGACCCGACCUUGUGGGAAAAGGGCUUCUUGUUGUUGUUGUUAUUGUUGUUUUUUUUUUGGUUUUGUUCCUUGCAAUUAUUGCUCUUGAAAAUUGGGUAUCCUAGAAACUUUUGCAACCUGAAGUUUUUUUCGUCUACUGCGUGGAAGGUCGCUUCUGAAUAAAUUUAUUUCUUCUCGUAGCGAUACUGGGGUGCCUGGGUAACUUCAAUUCCCCUCUUACUGAUGAGGAGAAUACUCUUAACUCAUACUUAUGGUUUUUUGCUACAACUCCUUCGUGAACUGCAAACAUAUAGUACCAUUCUGGUAUCUGUUUUUGGCUUUUGGUUUUACUACUUGCUGAUUAGCAUAAACAUUUUAUUUGUUCGUAAAGUACCCUUUUUACAGUAAUGACUUCUUGAUGCAGCUAUGGAGAUAAAGGUGCUGGAGCUGCCAUACCACCGAACUCUUGGCUGGUUUUUGAAGUUGAGUUGGCCCGUGUAAAUUGAUUGGAUGUAGGGGAAAUUUGGUAGAACCUUUUAAUGAGUGGCGACUGUCAUUCUGCGGGAUUUUAUACCCUAUUAACUUUAUCUUAAGCAAUUUUGUUCUUGGUUUUAGGAGAAACAAAAGCAAGCAAAACAUUUGCUGUACCUUAGCCCAAUUUGUGCCCUAUUGUUAUCCUCUCAAGUGUCCCUAAACUUUUUUUUUUUGAGCUAUUUGAUUAUCAUUUGUGGGUCUCGAUAGUUAACCUUUUAAAUGUUGCAAAUGUCAUUGAUGCCUGAACAUAUAGAAGU